AUGGUUUCCAUCACAUACCACUCAGACCACGAUAUCUCCGGCAUCCUAAUCAUCUCACACGCAGUCCUGAGUUUCCUGGCCACUGUUCUCUUCUUGCUUAGACUCUACGCCUCGUGGCGGACACCGCAUGCAAUAUGGACCGCCGAUGUUCACAUUUCGCUGAUAGCGUUGCUGUCAAAUCACGCUUUACUUGCUAUUGAACUUGCCGCCGUUCCGCUUGGUCUUGGGACCAACAUCCAAGAUGUGAUGGAUAAUCAACCUAACGGCACUGCUCCUCUGUUCAAGAGUAUUCUGGCCAUCGAUAUUAUACAUUGCGUAGCGUGCUCGGCCGCCAAGAUAGCAGUCCUCGCCAUGUACUACCGUCUUUUCUCAGCUUCAAAGGUUUUGCGGUGCUGGGUAUGGGGAACAACGAUUGCAAUCUUGCUGUGGCUCAUUGCUGUGAUUUUGGUCAGCACUUUCUCGUGUUUGCCCGUAGAGUAUCACUGGGACAAGUCCCUUCCUGGUACCUGCAUGGGAAUCAGCAAAGUAGGGAUUCUGUUCCCGAACAUCAUCUUCGACAUCAUAGCCAUGGUCCUCCCCAUCAACGAGAUAUGGAGGCUGCAGAUGCCACGAACCAAGAAGGCGGCACUCACGGGCAUCUUUCUAAUCGGCGGCAGCGUCAUCUUCAUCUCCAUCUCCCGGCCGCUCCUCUUCUGGAUCUUCCGCCCCGUGCCCGGCAUAGCGCACAACGUCAGCCAGACCACCAUCUUCCCCUACACGGCAUCGGCCGCCGAAGUCUGCCUCGAUAUCAUCGGCGCCUGCCUACCGCCCUGCGCUUCUCUCUUCAGGCGCUUCUUCGGCGGAGUCGUGAAUGUUGUAAAGUCGGGACAUAAUUACUCCACCUCGAGGGGCAAACCCAGCAGCAAAGAAUCCUCAACAAAGAGAUCCAGCAAAGUACGCGCCCUUACCAUCGGCAAGGCGUCUAACCGCAAGCGAACCGACGCCGACGACGCGAUCGAUCUUGAGGGAUCAUUUGAACGGCUCGGGGAUGGGGGAAUGUAG